AUGUUUUGGCGAAUAUUUCUACUACUUGGUUUUGUUGCAUUUUGCGCAAAUGCAGGCGUUAUUGGCUCAAUUCAAGGUGAUCCUGAUGAUCUAUUAAAUUCUACCACUUCAAAUGGUAGAGGAGUUUUUAAAGUAUACGGUGAAGAUAAGGAAGUAACUGCAAUUGAACCUUAUCUAAUCAUUAAGCAUAGCUGUGAUAAUGGUAUUAUUAAAACGAAUUGCACAAUCACUGAUGAAUAUCCAAUUCCAAAAGAAUAUAUUGGUAAAACAUAUGAUAUGCAUAUUGUAAGUCUAAAUAUUGCCGGAAAGAAUCAUAAGAAGCAAUGUAAAGAAUGA